ACCGGCCGGGACGUGGGACUUAAUCCCUCGCUCGUGCCGAUAUUAUCCUCACCUUUUUUUUUCUUUUCUUUGGACCGGACAAGAAUCCCGCUGACUACAACUCUGUGGUGGUCCCUCAAGCGUUCCUCCUUCCCCGGGCUUCCGAGUCGAUCCCUCUCCGCUCGCCGCCACGAUGCCGCCGCCGACAAAACCGACAUCGAAGAACCCCCCGCCGCAAUCGCAGACGGAAUACCAGGCAAUCGCUGCCAAGUUCGCCGCCGCGAAGCGUGCCAAGGCAGCGCAAGAUGCGGCAAAGGCACGAACGGUUGGAGUAGCGAAAGCGGCAGAAGGUGAAGCCAUCGAGAAGGACCGCGUCAGUCUGGCCGACAAGCAACGCGCAGCCCUCGAGGCCCGGCGCAAGUCCAACUUUGAGGCUCGCUGGCUAUGGACCGUCGGCUUCUGGGUCUGGCUGCUGUUGAUCCACGUCGCCGGCAUUGCCUACUUCACCAGCGGCUUCCUCCUGACCCGUCUGAUGCUGGACGAGAAGUCAGUGUGCGACGCGCCGCCGACUCUAAAUACUAGCACCAACGGUGUCGUGGACAUUCUGCCCAACUGGAAGGGCAAGGGAACAGUGGAUGGAGGCUGCUGGCACCCCAAGACCUUUGAGCGAGCCGUGGUUGUCGUGAUUGAUGCGCUGCGCUACGACUUUACCGUGCCCAUCAAGGACGACGCUCCCUUUCACAAUGCGUUCCCCUUCAUGCACGAUACCGCCCUGGCCUCGCCCAACAAUGCCGUGCUCAGGCCGUUCAUCGCCGAUCCCCCGACUACAACACUGCAGAGGCUCAAGGGCCUGACUACCGGCACUUUGCCCACCUUUGUGGAUGUGGGUAGCAGCUUUGCUGGUACCGCCAUCGAGGAGGACAACCUACUUAUGCAGCUCCGGGACGCCGGCAAGCGCACCGUACACCUUGGAGACGAUACGUGGGAGUCGCUUUUCCCGGGCUACUUCCAGGCCAAUCUGAGCCGGGCCUACGACAGCUUCAAUGUAUGGGACUUGCAUACGGUUGACAACGGCGUUAUCGAGCACAUCUUCCCCUUGAUGAAGCGCAAGGGCGAUUGGGACGUCGUUGUUGCGCAUCUUCUCGGUGUUGAUCACGCCGGCCACCGCUAUGGACCCGACCACCCCGAGAUGGCCAAGAAGCUGCAGCAGAUGAACACGUUCAUCAAGGAUCUGGCGUCCAACAUUGACGAUGACACUUUGUUGAUUGUCAUGGGUGACCAUGGUAUGGACAGCAAGGGAGACCACGGCGGCGAGAGCGAGGAUGAGGUCGAGGCUGCUCUGUGGAUGUAUUCCCCCAAGCCUGUGUUUGGCAGAACCAAGCCCGAGCAUGUCACUCCCCCGGCUACCGCCAAGACUCGUCCGACCAACCAGAUCGACCUCGUCCCAACUCUGGCGCUGCUCAUGGGUAUUCCCAUCCCUUACAAUAACUUGGGUCACCCGAUCGAGGAGGCCUUUGUUGGUCCUCGUGGCACUGCCUGGGACAGGCUGGCUGCCGCGGAGCGCAUGGCUGCCGCUGGCAUCAAGCGUUACCAGACGUCGUACUUCUCUGCCCGCGGAAUCGAGCAGGCUACGACCCCUGGGUCGCCCGCUGAUUUGUGGGAUAAGGCUGAGGCUCUGGUUCCCAAGGGCAAGGUUAAGAAAGGCCAUAGCUGGGAGCCUGUGUUCUUGGCCUAUGCUGAGUAUCAGAGGGAAACCCUGGAUUAUUCCAAGAGCCUCUGGGCCAGGUUCGAUGUCAAGAACAUGGUCAUUGGCAUUAGCAUCAUGGCCUCCAGCGUCAUUGCUCUUCUUGUCUACAUUAACAAGCGUACCGAAGAUGACGACGUCUUGGUGAUUGAAGACUCCGAGCUUGACCAUGCCGAGAAGAGCCUGGAGCUACAGGGUAUCACCGCUGACGAAGGCCAAACCCUUGAGAAGCGUCUGUUCCGUGCCGCCAUGUUGGGGGCCCUUCCUGGCGUCUUCGGCGGACUUCUGCAAUCCUAUCUGUCUGGUUAUGGUGAUUGGUAUCGCGGUUCGGCCAUCGGCGCGCUCACCAGCGCCGCAACCGUCUUGGUCGCUCUGUACGAUGCAGAGGGACCCAGCUUCAACGUCCUCCCCACGACUCUCUGGGGCUGGAUGGCCGUGGUCUUUACCAUCAGCCAGUCUAUCGGCUUUGCCUCCAACUCAUACACCAUCUGGGAGGACUCGAUCCAGCUCUUCAUGAUGACCACUUUUGGUCUCGUUACGGCCUUCUCGGCGUUCCGCAUGGAGUCGCUUCCGGACCGCUUUAUGACCAUCUAUCACUCCGUCCUCUUCGUUCUGCUGGGCCGGCUCGCCUCCUUCUCCAAGCUCUGCCGCGAGGAGCAGAUGCCGUACUGCACGUCGACCUAUUACGCUAGCGCCACCUCCUCGACCUCGGCCCCCUGGCAAUUGGCCAUCCCCUUCAUCGCCGCCAUCAUUCUCCCUUCCAUCAUCAAAGCCUACCUCGCGCCGUCCAAAUCAUACGAGGGUCUUGCCCCGACCUGGAUCGGUUACGUCUUCCGCGCCGGCCUUUUCUUCUCGGCCAUCUACUGGGUCCUCGACGCUGCCGACAACGGCAACUGGCUCUCCUCGCUCUCCUCCCUUUCCUCCUACCUCCCCUCCUCGGCCUCCGACACCCUCUCCUCCCUGCCCCCUCUCCCAGACAAGGCCCUCAAGACCCUCUCCGUCUACACCGCGCAAAUGAUCCUCGGUCUCGCCCUCGUCGCCGGCUCCACCGCUUUCGUCUGGGCUCCUCCCUGCAUCUCCAUCGUCACCACCGCUCUCCGCUCUCCCAAAACCGCCGCCGACCCUCUCGCUGCCAUCCCCGGCGCGCAAACCGCCCAGGUCACCGUCCUAGGCUACGGCAACGCCCACGGCGCUCGCUACCUCCUCCUGCCCCUGAACUUCUUUGUCGCCCUCUUCCUCCUCACCAAACCCAUGGGCGCCGGCGCUUUGGUCUUGACUCUCUGGCAAUCCCUUUCCCUCCUCGAGAUCCUCGACUUGCUUAACCUUCCAAUCGGCUCCAACCCCAUUGGCCCCGUCAUGUUCGCCCUGCUCGGCCAAAAUGCCUUUUUCAAGACCGGCCAUCAGGCGGUCCUGUCUUCCAUUCAGUGGGACAGUGCCUUCAUCCCGCUUUACAGCAUCAAAUACCCCUGGUCACCCCUCUUGGUCAUUCUCAACACCUUUGCGGGCCAAAUCCUCGCUACCAUCUUGGUCCCCAUGCUCGUCCUCUGGAAGAGCGGUCCCAAGAGAAGAGGCAUCUUGGGAAGUGUGAGCAGAGCGCUCGGCAUUUUCGUGGCGUUUUAUGCCACCCAGGCGUUGGCGACGAUGAUGUGGGCCGGGCAUUUGCGGAGACACUUGAUGCUUUAUCGGGUGUUUAGUCCUAGGUUCAUGACGGCGGCCGUGACGCUUUUGGUGGUAGAUGUGGUUGCCGUGGUGGUGGGGUUAGCAGGUGUGAGGGUGAAUAUGAUGAGUGUGGCAGAGGUCUUCGGGUGGGCUGAUUGAUUUAAAUGAAGGGGG